AUGACCACCCGAACGAGAACUUCUGGGAGGAACGCACUGAAGGCGAGACAUACUGCCACCAGCAUAAGCUCCCAAUCCUCAUCCGGAAUCGGCGCUGCAGAAACCCGUCCUGAUGUCAGAGGCAAGGGAAGGGGGAAGGAUGGCGAGGACGUCUCGAAGGCGGUCGCCCUUUCUUUGGUGGAUUACACUCUAAUCCUCAGUCUCGUGUUCGGGGGAUGCUGCUCGAAUGUGUGGUCGUACGAACAGCUCCUGAAGAUGGAUGCGCAUAUAGGGACCACCCUCACGUUCUCCCAGAUGUUGUUCAUCACAGUGCAGUCGCUGCCAUCCUUCCUGAUUUUCCGCGAGGGUAGCUGGGUCCCACACCUCAGGCCGCGACAGGUUCCAAUACACAGCUGGGCAUUGCAAGUCCUCGUCCUCACCUCGGGUACCUUGAUGAACAACUGGGUGUUCGCGUUCUCCGUCCCACUGACUGUACAAAUUGUGUUUCGUUCCGCGGGUAAGAUCGGUUCAGUAACGGAUUCAUCGUCGAUAAGUACUCAUAGUAUGCAAUCAGGUUUGGCAGUGUCGAUGUUAUUUGGAUACCUCUUUAUGAAGAAGAGAUACUCGCUGGCACAGAUGGCAAUCGCUUUCGUAUCUGCCGGGGUGGUAUUAGCGACCCUGUCCCGACCUUCUUCGACUAAGUCCUCAGACGUUCCCAUAGACAUCGGUAGAUAUACAAUCGGCGUCGCCAUGCUCACAUUCUCUCUCUUCCUCACGGGCACCCUGGGAGUACUACAAGAGCGUACCUAUACUACAUACGGUCCUCACUGGAAGGAGGGCGUAUUCUACACCCAUUGCCUCUCGCUUCCCAUAUUCUUGCUCUUUGUCUCUGACCUGAAACGGGGCUUCCGCGGCCUCGCCAAGCCCGCCUCUUUGGCACCCUUUCGGGAGGACGUGCUCGGUAGCUUUGCACCGAUUGUCCCGCACGCCGUCCUUGCGGCGAACAUGGCUACCCAGCUGGCGUGCGUCUCGGGCGUGAACCAGCUCUCUUCGCGCGUCUCCUCGGUGUCGACCAACCUCGUGCUCACGACCCGCAAGGCGAUCAGCCUCUGCUUCAGCGUGUGGUGGUUCGGGAACGGCUGGAACGCUCAGCUCGGUGUCGGCGCGGGCAUGGUCUUCCUCGGCUCGCUGCUCUACACUGCGGUCACCGCGCGGGGAAGCAGGCCGCCGCCUGCCGGUGAUGUGCAGGACGAGACGGCAAGCGUCAUCCCGAACGGUGCGAAGGCGAGCGAGAGGGCGAGGGCAAAGCGGAGGAAGGCAAAGGCGGAGUGA